AUGGCAAAAAUUCUAGUUCGAAAUGGAAUACAGGCGAUCGGUGAAGGACUGACCAGUUUGGUUAUUGUCGGAAAGAAAAGUGCAUUGCAAGCCGUUCCGUUUGAAGGAAGAUUUCAAGAAGUUGCCCAGAAAUUCGUUGGAGAUAGCUCCUCAUGGAAUUCGAUGAUCUCACGAAUCAACAAGUCUGGACGUCUUCCACUUCAUUACGAGCUUGCUCAUUUGAUUGCUGUUCCAGACAGCGCUUCUAGAGGAAAUACUUCGACAAACAGUCAUGCUCUGUUCAAAGAUAUGAGAUCUGUCACUUACCCAGAAGACGUGGAAAAUGUUCACAUUGUCUUGUUUUCGAAUUAUUCCGAUGUUGUUGCUCAUGUUUCGGCAAUAGCUCGAACCUUUUACAAGUUCACAUUGAAAACUAGCAAAAAGCGAUCAUUGAACGUUAAUAUCGAUGUGGUAUGCGAUCAGCUAACUGGGGAAGAUGCUGAUUUCCUCACCGACCUUUCUGAAUCUAUUCGUGAAACAGCUCGUCUCAUUGACACUCCAGCUAACGUUUUGACAACGGAUGCACUUGUUGAUGAAGCUGUUAAAGUUGGAAAUGCUCUCGGUUCCAAAGUAACAGUUAUUCGCGGAGAAGACCUAUUAAGCAGUGGAUUUGGUGGAAUUUAUCAUGUUGGAAAAGCCGGUCCAACACCUCCUGCUUUUGUCGUGUUGUCCCACGAAGUUCCUGGCUCUACUGAACAUAUCGCACUUGUUGGAAAGGGAGUUGUUUACGACACCGGAGGUCUUCAAAUCAAGUCAAAGACUGGAAUGCCGAAUAUGGGUGGUGCUGCUGGAAUGCUCGAAGCUUACUCAACUCUGGUCAAACGAGGAUUCUCUCAGACACUUCACGUUUGUCUUUGCAUUGUUGAAAACAACGUCAGCCCGAUUGCAAAUAAACCAGAUGACGUUAUUCAAAUGCUGAGUGGGAAAACUGUCGAAAUCAACAACACAGACGCAGAAGGUCGUUUGAUCCUCGCAGACGGAGUGUACUACGCAAAAGAAUACUUGAAGGCGACCACCAUUUUCGAUAUGGCCACGCUCACAGGAGCUCAGGCAUGGCUCUCAGGACGUCUUCAUGGUGCUGCUAUGACCAAUGAUGACCAACUCGAGAACGAUAUUGUUCGAGCCGGUAAAGCAUCAGGAGAUCUCGUGUCGCCAAUGCUUUUCGCUCCGGAUCUCUUCUACUCUGAUCUGAAAUCCCCGAUUGCAGAUAUGAGAAACUCAAAUCUCGGAAAAAUGGAUGGUCCACCAUCAGCUGUAGCUGGUCUCUUCAUUGGCGCUCAUAUCGACUUUGGAGAAGGAAUCCGUUGGCUUCAUCUCGAUAUUGCUGCUCCGGCUGAAUGCGGAGAUCGUGCUACUGGCUACGGACCAGCGCUUUUUUCGACUCUUCUCGGCAAAUACACGAACAUCCCUAUUCUCAACCAGUGA